GCUUCAUUAAAAAGUUUUCAACAAUUUAAUCAGUAAUUAAUCGUGUCAUACAAUGUCCGACAUGGAACAUACGCGUUCGCGAGUGAAAAAGCGCGACCGCCAUGCAUCGGUCAGUCCGCCCAGUGAACAAAAUAAGCAUCGCAAAAAGCACUCACGGAAAGGACGUAGUUCGCGUUCCAGAUCAAGAUCCCGAUCGCGGUCCCGUAGUCGCGACAGAAAAAGCAGACAGGAUGAACGUAGACAGCCAAGAUCCCGUUCCAGAGAACGUGACCGCCGAGCGAAAAACCGUCGUAGUCUGGAACCUGGUGAACGUUCCCGAAGCAAUAGUGUUGAGAAACCUCCGGCAGCGCCGGUCUCGAAACCUGCUAGCAAGGAGGAAGGGGAUGAAGCUUUGUUAAAGAAUGAAAAGCCGGCAGUACGGAGGACGGUUGAUUUGCUGACAUCGAAAACUGGAGGUGCGUAUAUCCCACCGGCAAAGUUGCGAAUGAUGCAAGCGGAAAUUACGGAUAAAACGUCCGCUGCAUAUCAGCGAAUUUCCUGGGAGGCGCUUAAAAAAUCCAUCCAUGGUUACAUUAACAAAGUGAACGUGGACAAUAUUGGCAUUAUCACACGGGAGCUGUUACGGGAAAAUGUUGUUCGCGGCCGUGGACUGUUGUGUCGAUCGAUUAUUCAAGCGCAAGCAGCAUCACCCACCUUUACGCACGUCUACGCAGCGCUGGUAGCCAUCAUCAACUCGAAAUUUCCGAACAUCGGCGAGCUGCUGCUGAAGCGGUUGGUAAUUCAAUUUAAACGGGGCUUCCGUAGAAACGACAAAAGCAUCUGUCUGUCGGCGUCCCGUUUUGUGGCACAUCUCGUCAAUCAACGGGUGGCGCAUGAAAUUCUUGCGCUGGAAAUUCUGACACUGCUGGUGGAAAACCCGACGGAUGAUUCCGUGGAGGUGGCAAUCGCGUUCCUGAAGGAAGUCGGUCAAAAACUGACCGAGGUUUCCGGGAAGGGAGUCAACGCUAUUUUUGAGAUGCUGAAAAACAUUCUGCACGAGGGAAAGUUGGACAAACGUGUGCAGUACAUGAUUGAGGUGGUGUUUCAAAUUCGAAAGGACGGGUUCAAGGACCAUUCGGCCGUGAUUGAUUCGCUGGAGCUGGUCGAGGAGGAUGAUCAGUUUACGCAUUUGAUAAUGCUGGACGAAGCGACCGACACGCAGGAUAUUCUCAAUGUAUUCAAGGUGGACAAUGAAUACGAGGAAAAUGAGGCUAAAUACAAAGCGAUCAGUAAGGAGAUUCUCGGCAGCGAUGAUAGUGAUGAUGAUGGUGAUGGUGGGGGCUCGUCCAGCGGAAGUGGAAGCGAUAGUGAUUCGGAUGGAGAAGCUGACUCCGAUGGAGGUAGUGGCGAGGAAGGAGAUGGCAAUCAGAAGCAGUUGAUCGUGGAUAACACAGAGACCAACUUGAUCGCACUUCGGAGGACGAUCUAUUUGACGAUCCAUUCCAGUUUGGACUACGAGGAAUGUGCACAUAAGCUAAUGAAGAUGGAACUGAAGCCAGGACAGGAGCAGGAAUUAUGCCACAUGUUUUUAGAUUGCUGUGCCGAGCAGAGAACUUACGAAAAGUUUUACGGCCUGCUGGCGCAAAGGUUCUGCAUGAUUAACAAGAUAUAUAUCGAGCCAUUUGAGCAGAUUUUUAUCGAUACCUACUCCACAACGCACAGAUUGGAUACAAACCGGUUGCGUAACGUGAGCAAAUUUUUCGCUCAUUUACUCUUCACCGAUUCCAUCGGUUGGGACGUGUUGCGUUGCGUUCGGCUCAACGAGGAGGACACCACCAGUUCUAGCCGAAUCUUUAUUAAGAUUCUGUUUCAGGAACUAUGCGAGUAUAUGGGUCUUGUUAAGUUCAACAAUCGACUCAAAGAUCCGACCCUGGCAGAGCCUUUUGCUGGGAUUUUCCCCCGGGACAACCCGAAAAACACGCGGUUUUCUAUCAAUUUUUUCACCUCAAUUGGUUUAGGUGGGCUAACGGACGAGCUGCGUGAUUUUCUCAAGAAUGCUCCUAAGCAGAUUGUUCAACCGGUGGCCGCUCCCGUACCGGAAGAAGAAGAUGCCGAUGGUUCAUCUUCCAGUUCAUCAUCACCAUCAUCGUCCUCCUCUUCCGAUUCGAGUUCAUCGGAGGCCUCCUCCUCCGAUUGGGAGGACGAACGACCGAAAAAGAAAAAGAAAAAAGAUCGUAGGCAAAAGAACGAUAGACACAGUAAAUUGGACAGCCAUAAGGAUAACCGUUCGGACCGGAGAAGAGGCGUGGAAGAUCGUAGUGAGCGGCAACGCCGAGAUGAUAGCCGAGAUCAACGUUCAGCUCAUACCAGAGAGUAUCGUCGUGAAACCGAGCAUCACAGUAGGCGGGAUUGGGAUGAACGUGGCAGAGCAGACACUCAUCGGCAUCGCCAUGAUGAACGCGAUUACUCCGAUAGGAGGAGGGAAUCUGACAGGUCCUCUGAUCAUCGCAGAAAGAGAAGCAAGGAGCGACGAUAAAUUAUUUUAACUGAACAUUUUUGAAUACAUUUGUGAAUUA